AUCAAUGUUGAAUAUAAGUGGCCCUUGUACUCCCUGAUCUACUUUAAAUACUCCCCGAAUCUGUAUAAUACUUAGAACAAGUUGUGACUCAAAUUGAAUGGCGUCUCACAGACUAUAUGGCUGCAGUCCUUUUGUCUUUCUCCAUUGCAUGUUGUGUCUUCUGAUCUUCAAUGCCAGUGCAGGUUCCAACUGGCACGGCCUGGGAAAGGCGACACAAAACUGGUUGAAUCAUGGUGGGGAUUUGUAUAACAGAAGAUACGCCGACAUGGAGACCAAGAUCUGCCCUGAAACUGCUUCCAAGCUACGACUGAAGUGGAAAUUCUAUGCCGGCAGAGAUAUUACUGCAACACCAGCAAUUUUCAAUGGUAACCUUUAUUUCCCAAGCUGGAACGGAUACAUCUACGCCAUCAAAGCGUCCGAUGGAUCUCUUAUAUGGAAGCAGAACUUGAAAGAGUUAACUGGCUUUAACGCGACGGGGUUUGUACUUAAUGUCAACUGGACGGUAUCAAGAUCAACACCAACGGUAGCCUAUGAUCGUGACCUUCUCGUCAUUGGAAUCUAUGGGCCUGCAGUUGUUAUCGCAGUUAAAAGGUCAACUGGGGAGCUUCUUUGGUCAACACAGCUUGAUAGCCAGGCUGCAGGAGUUAUCACCACGUCCGGAACUUAUUACAAAGGGGGUUUCUAUGUUGGUACAUCCUCGCUAGAAGAAGGUCUCAGCAUCGAACAAUGCUGCACUUUCCGUGGCAGCUUUUCCAAAUUAGAUAUCAAUUCAGGCAAAAUCUUAUGGCAGACAUUUAUGUUGCCUGAUAACAACGGUAAGACUGGAGAGUAUGCUGGGGCUGCUAUUUGGGGAAGCAGCCCAUCCAUUGAUGUUCUAAGAAACCACGUCUACAUUGCCACUGGGAAUUUGUACUCAGCUCCCUUGAGUAUGACCCAAUGUCAGGAAAGGGAGAACAAUCAAACAGUACCAACUCACCCAGAUGAGUGUGUCGAGCCCGAUAAUCACUCAGACUCAAUCCUGGCACUUGAUCUCGACUCUGGCAAGAUAAAAUGGUUUCACCAACUAGGAGGCUAUGAUGUUUGGUUCUUUGCAUGUAACAAUCUUUCAACUCCUAAUUGUCCACCUGGUCCAAACCCAGAUGCCGAUUUCGGGGAGGCACCAAUGAUACUAAGCAUAUAUAGCAAUAAAAUUAAUGUAGAUAUUGUCGCAGCUGUUCAGAAAAGUGGACUUGCAUGGGCUUUGGAUCGCAACAAUGGCAACCUCAUAUGGUCCACAGAAGCUGGACCUGGUGGCACUGCAGGAGGGGGUACAUGGGGAGCAGCCACUGAUACUAAAAUGGUCUACACCAACAUUGCAAACUCAGCGAGCAAGAACUUCACUCUCAAACCAUCCGGGAAAAACACAACCACUGGUGGAUGGGUGGGACUCGAUGCUCACACUGGCCAAAUCCUAUGGUCCACAGCCAACCCUAGUAAUGCCUCCUCCAGCGGCCCGGUUACCGUAGCCAAUGAUGUGCUAUUUGCCGGAUCCACGGAUCCCAAAGGACCCAUAUAUGCCAUGAAUGCCAAAACUGGAGAAGUUCUAUGGUCUUACGAAACUGGUGCAACAGUGUACGGCGGCAUGUCGGUGAGCGAUGGAUGUGUGUAUGUUGGCAACGGAUACAAGGCUGGCUUGGGUUCUUUUAAUCCAUCCUUCACCGCUGGAACUUCACUCUUUGCGUUUUGCCUCCAAUCAUGAUCAAUGCCCGCCGGCAAUCCAGUAAAUAUAUAGACAUACGGUGAAACUAAUAAGCAGAGACGAGAUUAAAACCUGUUAUUUUUUCAGUCCGGUCAAGGCCAAAAAGAAAAAUGUCAACCAUGUCUGAUCAUAAACGUGACCUAGUCGAUCGAUGCAUUUCAUCAUUGAUCAACCUUUAAUUUUAAGCCCCUGUUAUAUAUUCUACUUUCGAUGUCUCUGAUCUAUACGAAUUUGUAGAAUUAUAUUUGUAUAAUUUCUGUAUUUCUCAUUUUGAAAUAUUGACU